AUGUUAUCUACAAAUACAACGUUAAAUCUUCCAUUGACAAUUGAAACUGAACCAGUAACAAAAAAACAAAAUUUAUCUCAAUGUCGAAUAUGUGACGCUCCUGCUCAAUAUGCAUAUUUUGGUGCUAUUUCAUGUAAUUCAUGUAAAAUGUUUUUUAAACGAAAUGCCACUGUUGAACAGGAAACAUUUAAAUGUAAUUUUGAUGGCUAUUGUGAAAUAAAACGAGGUAAUCGUCAGAUGUGUCCACCAUGUCGACUUGGGAAAUGUUUUCAAUUCGGAAUGACUACUGAAAAAUUUCGAUCACCAAGACCAACGAAAACAAAAACAAAAUCAUUGGUUAAAUUAUCAAUAUUAAAUUCUUUAAAACCAGAUCAUUCAUUAUUGACUACUAGUCAAUGGACACUUCUCUCAAAUUUAUAUAACAGUUAUGAUGAAUUUCAAGUUCUAUUACUUGGUAAAUCUUUAGUAGAUACACAUAAUUCUUUACAACCAAUGAAUGCGACAUAUCAAAAACUUGUAGAAAAUUAUUUAUUAUCUCUUUAUGAAACAACUGGAAGAUAUCUUCGUUCGAAUGAUGAUAUUUGCAAAUUAUCAUUUUCUGAUCGUUCCAUUUUACUCCGUAAUGCUGCAGAUAAUGUAUCUUGUAUGGCUGGUGCAUUUAUUAUACAUCAUUUUGAUUUAUAUAGUCUAGACUCUUAUUUGAAAAUUAUGACAGCAAUGUUUGGCAAUCGUGCAAUUUUUCUAACUCUCUGGGCAAUGAAAUUUAUUAUUUCAGAUAUUGUAAUAUUUAAAUUAGCACUUUCAUUAUUUGCUUUAUCAAAAACUACUUAUUUAUAUUCUCCAAAUAUUCCAAUAGAUUCGACAAAUUCUUCUACAAUAUUUCAUAUUCAAAACAAAUAUGCAGAAGUUACAUGGAAAUAUCUUAAUUAUAGAUAUGGUUGGUAUGAAGCUGUUAAAUAUUUUCAUAAUAUCAUAUAUUGGUUUAUGGCUUUGACUAUGCUCAUGGUUCCUGUACAAACUUGUAGUACACAUGUUGAUAAUAUUGAUUCACUUGUUGAACUAACUGAACUUACACUUAUAUUAGAUGAUGCUGACGAAAUAAUCGAAACAAAAUGUUAG